AUGCAGAUGAUGGCGUUGGCAAAUAUCGAGUACAACUUGCGUGAGGGCCAGGCAUUCGAUGCCUUGGCGGAAGUCAGAACGGCAAUCCAAACACUCAAUUACAAUAUUCAGCUAAAGAAGACACAGAUUCAUGGCAUUGGGGCAAAUACAAAGACGCAAAACUAUCUCAGAACCCUGAGCAACAAUAUCCAGAUUGGGGCGGACAAGUAUCGCCGGAGUCGAAAAGCCCUCAUCGAACUGGGUCUUCCUGUGGAUGAUGGGUCGCUGCGACCUCUGGAGAAAGAACAUCUGGUUGGCAAGAGCGGGAGGCAGGUCAGGAUUGGAGACGCCAAGACGCAUGAGUCGUGGAUUUGGACAACCGGUCGAGGGGCAAAUAUGGAUGAGAGCGAUGUGAAGGAAUGGGAAGCAGAGCUCCAGCGAGUGCAAUGGUUCCAGGCGCGGGCGCUGCGUGACAGGGCCGUUGAGGAGGGAGAGACUCUGCACAAAGAGUGGAAUCGCACCAUUGCCGCUUUCGAGAACUAUGCUGCUAUUUGGGUCAGUCUUGCUCAAGAGCAGACCCGUCCGGGAGGGAAGGCCUAUGGUUACAAACAAGCUGCAAUGUACACGAAGCUGGCAGAUGGGUGUAGGGAGGCUCGAGCAGCAUUAGAGGGUCUAUACAAUGCUGAUUUCAGAAGAGAGGAGGAGGAGAGAGUUCAGCACUGCGCACAGAUAGAGAAGAAGCGACAGUCCCGGGGUGAUGGAUUUGACGAAUCACCUCAGUUACCACCGCCAUCACGCGGUUCUCCCCCCGCGGGGUACCUACUGGGUACCCUCAGACGUCUUGCUGAGGGUACCCAGUAG